CUAUAGAGGAGAGAAGAGAGCGCGUAGAGGCGCACACGGCUGCUGGACUUUCACUCUUCUCUCGCCUGCUACCCCUUGAACACCUCGCAGCUUCGACCUCGGCUCCCCAACCAAGGACCAUGGACGUGAAAGUGGUCGCCCUGGUGACCUUGCUGGUGGCAACACUUGCGCUCUCCGAGGGAAAACCGGUCAGUCUGAGCUACAGAUGUCCCUGCAGAUUCACCGAGAGCAACGUAGCCAAAGCCAACAUCAAGCAUCUCAAAAUCCUCAACACACCCAAUUGCGCUCUCCAGAUCGUGGCAAAGCUGAAGAGCAACAGCAGACAAGUAUGCAUUGAUCCUAAAUUAAAAUGGAUUCAAGAAUACCUGGAAAAAGCUUUAAACAAGAGGUUCAAGAUGUAAAAGGCACGCAUUGUAAGACUGAAGCCUGAAGGAUUUCUUACUGUAGGACCAGAAAGCAGAUAACAAGUAUUAGGGAAGGAAUGCUCAUGGCUGUCACCAGGCAGCUCUAGGGAUGGCUAAUGCAUUUCAAAGGCUCUGUUUUGCACAAAUCCUGGCUUGCUUUCACUGUAUUAUUAUGUAGCAAGAUAUAUGGUGUUUAUUUUUUAUUAAGUUUGUUCUAUUGAAUGUCACUGGUGACAGAUAUGAACUCAUUAGACUAAGUUCUUUAUUUUUACUUAUGUUAUCAUUUUUCCUGUGUGAGCCCUAGUUUAUCUUGCACUCAGUGUUUGGGGCACACCAAGAGUUACUGGGUUUUACGUAUAAAUAUAUGGCAGGACAUGAGCUGCAAUAUGUACCAAGAUCUUUAGCUGAAGAGUAUGACUUAUUGACAUGAAGGAUAUGGCCAUUUUAGGGAUAUGGGCCCAGAAUUACAGCUACCAAUGUUGGCCCAGUAUUAGGUGGGUGGCCUGAUUUUUUUUUUAAACCAGAAUGUUGCUCUUGAGUUAAUUCCCUCUCUUCAUGUAAGAACAGAGAGCAUCUUUUCAGGUCAAGAGGAAGUCAUCCGGGAGGAUGAUAGAUGCUCACAAGGUUGGCCCAUUACUGGCCAUUGUCAAAAAUGUGAGGGCAGAGCAGGGCUACACCAUCCAUGUUGUCACCUGCAUCCCAUCAUUUUCUCCUCAUUUUCAUUUUUUUUCUCCAUCCAUCACCACGUGUAUCUAAGACUGUCUUUGUCCAUGGCACAGGAAAAAAAAAUCUCUCAAGACUAAACUUUUAAUUUAAACCAAGCGUUGAAAAAAAAGUGGAAAUCUGUUAUGUCCCAAAGGUAUACUGCCAAUGGUGUGUGUUCCAUAUGUGUCUUGUAUGGAAUAUUGUCAAAAUGUCAAAUGCUGUGUUUUUGUGUAGAAUUGAUGUCAAACAGUAUGCCCAAUGUGAAAUGCUGUAUGUUCUGUUGGAAUGCAAAAACUGGGAUAGAGCAUGUAUACCCUGAUGUCUCUUGACCCUACUGCCAAUUUGUCAAUGUGUGUGUGUAUGUAUGUCCCUUUGUUUUGGGGUUCUUUUAAUUGCCUCGAUGAUCAGGGGAUAAACAAUGUUCCCUUCCCUCAGCAGAGCACAGGGUGAUCAGGGUGGUCACUGAGUUAGCCUUUCAGGGCACUCACUCUGUUGCAGGCUGGGCACCUUGUCAUGGGGACCAAACAUUUUGGAAAUUAUCGGGGGAGCUUUACUCUGCUGUAGUGAGGACUAGGAAACUUAGAAAUCAGAAUGUCCUGGAAAGACUCCUCCUCCUGUAUUGUGAAUAGCAGACAUUUAAAAAAAAUUAAGGCACUGCAACAUGAAAAUUUCUCCUAAAUAACAAUUUGACUUGGUUCUACAUCUGUACUAAUCUGGAAAUCAUACCCCUUCUCUGUGCUUACAAAGGGGACCUGACCCACUCAUUUUUCGGCAUCGUCCCCUCUCUAAUUCUUUUUGGAAAGGAGUUAUUUGGCAUUGUCUUGAAAUAGAUCAGGCAGGGGGCAUCCACCAUCUGUACUUUCAGUUUGAUCCCAUGUGGCCUCAGCCUGUUCCUACCCUGUCUUUUAGGGACCUUUUUAGUUCCUGAGAAUUAUGGGUCUUUUUUUUUCCCUUGAGCUGAGUGACCAAAAAUGUCACAUUUAUUAAUUCAACAAAGUGCCUACUACAUGCUAGGCCCACUGCUAUUUCUCUUGCCUCAGUUUAAAUCCUCUCUUAAUCUAUGAAAUCAACAAGAAAAUAUGAAGACCAGCUGACAGGCCAAGACAAGAAAUAGGCAACACAUAAAUUAUGUGUACGCAUAGUGAAAGGAAAAUUGGAUUUAAAAAUUUUUUGGAUUUAAUAAUCUAAGGGAUUAUCAAUAGCAUCUGUUAAAAAUUUUAACAAUUCUAUGUUGAACCAGGACAUGAUUCCUUUAAAUUGGAUCUGAUCAGUGGAAGAAGUUGAAUCUGUCAGCUGAAAUAAUGUCUUUAUUCUAAUUUAGACAUCUAGAAUCACUUCCCAAUAUCCUUUGUUGUUUUAAAAAAGCUGGAGACCACAAUGAAUUUCAAGACUUGUCUAAAUGGGUCCUUGACUUGAGAUUAACUUGUCUUAUCCCUAAUUUACUUUCUGAAUCACUUAUAAAGCAAAAUUUUGGUGGAAACAUGUUGAGUUUUUUUUGUUUUUACAAAGGAUCAGAGGUUCUAAAAGAUUUAGGUCUUCCAUCCUGGCUUCUUAGACAUUUGGAAUCAUGACUCAAUAGUCCUGAUAGUUUCCAAAAUCUCUAGGUCAUAUAAAUGAGAAGAAAGCUACAUUUCUGUUUUGGGUUUUUUUAAAAUUUCAGUUAAUUACAGUUUUCUAGGAGAUUUUUCACAGCUUUGUCACCUAGAGGAUGGAAGAAGAGACAGGAAGAAAAAUGCUAUUGUGUAAGAAACAAAUCUCCCCACCCCCAAGCUGACCAAGGUAGGCAUUCAUUGAAACAGCCCAUUUGCAAAUGAAUAUUCACUAAGUGCUCCUUGAUUUUAGAGAUAUGUGUUUUGUAGGCCUUGAAGCCACUCAAUCCCAUGGAAUAACAAAAGGGCAUUUGUCUUGAUACGGAAUCUUUUCUGUUGAAGUCCCAGCUCCCCACUCACAUCCUUUGCAUCAGAAAAGUUGAAUGAGGAAAGUAAGGAUGUAACCCAGUUUCUUUCUGUUGAAAAAAAAAAAGGUAAUUGGGUUCCAGUAUCUUGUA